CUCCCCCCUCCCUAAACAGAUGCCCCCCAUCUGUCGGGGGGGAUGUGAGGGGCGCCGUGGUCUUCUUCUGCGUCACAGGCCAUGAGGCUCAAAGUUCCCAAGACAGCAGGCGUGGGCGCCUGGCCUCCGACGCCCACGAUCCCGCCCCUGAAGGCUGCUGCAGCUGCUGUAGGGGGCGACCACCCCCACGUUGUCGUCCCUGCCACCACCAGCAGCAGCAGCAGCAGCAGCAGCAGCGCAGAGGAGAUGAUGGAACCCGGGGUGGUGCAGCUGAUGGACGCCGACGACGAGAGGUUGGAGUGGUGGGAAGAGUGGGCCAAUAUUUCCGACCACAACGGCACUCUGGUGGCCUCCUCCUCCUCCUCCUCCGGCGGGGGGCACGGCGGCGGGGGCAACUGGACCGUUGUCGAUGGAUUGGCCGAAAGCGACGCUAACGCUUCCAUCCAGUUCCUGCUGUCGACCAUGACAGCCAUCAUCCUUGGGGUGAUGAUCCUCGCGACCAUAGUCGGUAAGAUGAACAGCAGUUAUUCAUCACACGCCAAAAUACGAUUUAUAUAUUUCGCUAAUCUUCUGGUAAGUCCUACGCUAUAUUCAGUUCCAUCAUCUUCGUUAUUAUACAAAUGUUAUCAAAUGUAUUAUACGCGGCACGCACUGUAAAGUUAUUGGAUAAUACUGUAACUUUUCCUAUUUAAAUCACUUUAUAAUGUCUGACUGAGAAUUGAACUUUUUUUAUCUUUCUUUUAUUUAAUAACUUGAUAUGAGACACGCGCAUUUAUAGGGAGUUAAUUGUGAUAUUUUAUCUUUAUUUUUACAUUUUCGAGCAGCAUGCAUACACUAAUACACACGCACACACACAC